UGCGCUUCUCUCUCAUUGUUCAAGCGUCGCGUCAUGGAAAGAGUUACUGCGUUUGUGCUCAAAGUAAAGAAAUAGUUUAUGAAAAACUCCUCACGGGCCUUUUGAAUCACACCUCGAAGGGAAUACCUAUAUAGCGAUCUGAGCUGGAUCUGUGGAUUAUAAAGAUGCUUUAGAUGUACUUUUUGUUAGCGGAAUGCAAAAGAUGCGUUUGUUUUCCAUCUUUGUCUGGGACGCGAUGUUGGGAUGAUGUUUUCAUUUGGAAUUUAGUUCAGCCGGACUUACAAAACAGAUGUUUAUGUUUGUGUUUUAGUCUUUUGACAGUAUGCAAAAUGCCUGAAUCUGUUAUAUAGUUAUUAUGGGACACUGAACUGAAUGUUUUUGCCGGUGUCUCGGUUCUGCUGGACGGGAUUUGUGGAUUUAUCGGUUUAUUUAUUUGUUUGCGGCUGAAGAUUCUGGUUUUGUGGAACGAUGAAACGGCAUAAAUUAAGGGAAGUUGGAUUAUAACAACCUGGAGGGGGGUUCCAACAUUUAAUGCUUUAUUUACAAAUGCAGCACAUUAGAGAUUCCUGGAAAAAAAUAGAUUCCUGUUGUCUUCUUGCUCAGUAACUUUAAAAAGACUUGAAGAUCUUUAUCGUAAAGAAUAUAACUUACCAGCAGCCUCAAAACUGCUAGUAUUUGAUAAAGUACUAUGAAUAUAUUAACAAGUACUGCUGUACUUUAUAACCAAACUUUUAAGUUAUCAAAUAGUCCUGUUUUUGUUAGAUUUGAGCCGUGCAGUCUGAUAUGAGGUAAGGAACUUUUAUUGUGGCCCACUUUUGACUUGCAAAGUUACAAAAUGACAUUGAGAGCCAAAGCCCUCUAUACUUUCCAAAGUGAGAAUAAGGAGGAGAUCAGCAUCCAGGAGAAUGAGGAGCUGGUGAUUUUCGAUGAGAACUCUGUAGACGGCUGGCUACAAGGAGAGAACAGUCGAGGAGAGCGAGGCCUGUUCCCCGCCUCGUACGUUCACAUCAUCCGGAACCGAUCCGGGUCUAACCUGACGGAUCAUUCCCUCAGCUCACCUGGAAGCUCUCCUGGUAAGGAUAUAUCGUACAUCCAUACGCCUUCCACGACCCUGCCAAGCGACGACGAUGAUGACUGGGACGACUGGGACGAAACCUCGACGGUGGUCGAAGAUGAAGAUCCUCGGAGAGGUGUUGGCGCCAAUGGACAUUCCCAAAAUCCAUAUUCCAACCCUAACGUCCACUACCGGCCCAAGCCGUAUAUGGAGCGCCAGGACAGCAUGUCCAGCAAUAGAAAGGGCAGCAUGGUGGGCAGGAACCUGAACCGAUUCUCCAGCUUUGUGCGCUCAGGUGUGGAGGCCUUCAUACUUGGCGAUGUUCCAAUGAUGGCCAAGAUCGCGGAGUCUUACUCUAUCGAAAUGGGCCCCCGGGGGCCUCAGUGGAAGGAGAACCCUCAGCCCUUCACCUGUUCCGUUGAAGACCCCACCAAACAGACAAAGUUCAAAGGCAUUAAGACAUACAUUUCGUAUCGUGUCACCCCCAGUCACACUGGCAGGCCAGUGUAUCGCCGCUACAAGCACUUUGACUGGCUCUACAACAGACUACUAAACAAAUUCACGGUCAUUUCCGUGCCGCACCUUCCCGAGAAACAAGCCACGGGACGAUUCGAGGAAGACUUUAUUGAGAAAAGGAAGAGGAGGCUUGUUUUAUGGAUGGACCACAUGACCAGCCACCCCGUUUUGUCUCAGUAUGAGGGUUUCGAACACUUUCUCAUGUGCGCAGAAGACAAACAGUGGAAACUCGGCAAAAGGCGAGCGGAAAAGGACGAGAUGGUCGGGGCUCAUUUCAUGCUCACCUUCCAGAUUCCCAACGAGCACCAGGACCUUCAGGACGUGGAGGAGCGCAUUGACUCCUUCAAGGUGUUCGGCAAAAAAAUGGAUGACAGUGUGAUGCAGCUGACGAACGUCGCAUCGGAACUGGUUCGCAAACACCUCGGAGGCUUCCGGAAGGAGUUCCAGAGGCUGGGUAACGCCUUUCAGUCCAUCAGCCAGUCGUUCCUGAUGGACCCUCCAUACAGCUCGGAUGCUCUGAGCAACGCCAUCUCGCACACAGGCCGCACCUACGAGAACAUCGGGGAGAUGUUCGCUGAGCAGCCCAAAUACGACCUGUUUCACAUGCUGGAUAAACUGUCGCUGUACCAGGGCCUGCUGUCCAACUUUCCAGACAUCAUCCACCUACAGAAAGGUGCUUUUGCUAAGGUGAAGGAGUCUCAGCGUAUGAGCGACGAGGGGAAGAUGGACCAAGAGGAAGCGAAUGGCAUUCGUAAACGCUGCAGGACUGUGGGUUUCGCCCUGCAGGCCGAGAUGAACCACUUCCACCAGCGCAGGGAGGUGGACUUUAAAGAGAUGAUGCAGGCAUAUCUCCGCCAACAGAUCGCCUUCUACCAACGUGUAGGUCAGCAAUUAGAGAGAACCCUUCGCAUGUACGACAACCUCUAGAGCCUUUGGUGUCUGGACUGUAAUGGAGAUACAACACUCCUGUGGACGGCUAUACAAGGUUUUUUUUAUUCCCAAAAUUUGAAUUUUCUAAUUCCAGAUAGGAUUUUUUUUGCAAGAGAAACGGGACAUUCUCACUUCUGCACUUGAAAAUGUCACUUUUAACCCCUUGAAACCAACAAUAACAUUGCCUUUGAUAAACUAUUCAUGUAUCUCUUCAUGUUUUUAAUAUUAGUUAAAUAUCUGUUAGACCAAUGUUACACUUUUCACAUAUUUCUCUCUUGAAAACUCACAGAGUCAGGUGUGCGGAUGACGUUACCUGUGCGUUAGCAGGUGCAGAUGCUAAUCAGACUCCAAAAACGGUCUGGUCAAUAGUUUGCUAAAAUCGCAAUUAUUUCUUUAAAAAAAGAAAAAGCUAAUUACAACACCGUUUCUUAUUCAGAUGCAAUGCAAAAAAAGGUGUACAAUGCUGAAUAGUAGAUUUUCUAUUUAUGGCUUUUGUUGAGUUGCUCCGCCCACACUGAAAUCUCAUUGGUCCAAAAUCCUGUUGCAUAUCUGCAAAAAAAGAAAAAAAAAUGGGUUGGUUAGUAAUAUUGUCUUAUUUUCUGGUACAAAUAUCUAAAACUCGAUAAGCGAAAUAAAAAAAUUAUCAAAAUGAAGGGAUUUCAUUUUGAGAAAUAUUUUAGGAAACAAUUAAUUUUGUUUCAAAAGUAAAUGUGUAUUGAUUUAAGAAUGUUUAGAUAUUUGUAUUUGUACAACAGAAAUUCUAAGAACUUAAUUUUUUUGCAUCAAAAUAACUUUAUUUUAAACAUUACAUGGUCUAAUUGGCUUGGAUUUUUUAGCAAAAUUUCCCUUUCAGUGACGACAGAAAUAUAGCUUGAUACUUGAAACCUUCAGUUGCCCAAAUUUUCUUAGACUAGAUGAGCAAGAAAUAAACCCACAUAGCAGGUUCAUGGAAGUUUAAUCAGGCGGAAGAAGAUUCCUGAGUUUAGGUGAAAUGCCUGGGUUUGAUUUGAUACAGUGAUCAGAUGUGACGUUCAUAUGAUAUUCAUCAGUGAUUCAGAUGAAUAACACCAGGCUUCUUCUAUGCUGUAAUUUGUAGUCCGGUACAAAUGUUUCCAAGUGUUAAGACAAAACAUGUUUUUGUGAAUUCUUGGGCAAGAAUCCCCACCCAGAGACUCUGAAUAUCAGAUGGAAACACUGCAGUAUUAGCAUUAGCAUUUAGCCUAAACGUUUGUUCAGGGUGUUUCUAAAGCAAAAGGGAGCUCUUAUCCUCCUCUUCUCCUUUUUGUGAGCCCUCAGGAAAAACUUGAGAGGACUUUGAGCUUAUGGUAAUGAUUUUUGUUUUAAUUUCCUCAGAAGUAGGCUAAUCUUUAUUUUUAGUUUUAGACGCUAGGUUUAAGGGGUACAGAGGUUUGUGUAAAUCUCAAGGCUGCAAUCUCUAAAUUGACUCUGUGGUUAAGAGUUGUGAUUUUAACAAUGCUUUUGGUUUAACUGUAAAACGUCUCAAGUUUCAGAUUGUAAACUUGUUUUCUGUUUGCACACUUAGUAACUGAGGACCAAAAUUGAAACCUUUGGGUUAACAGAUGUUUUGCUUUAUACAUGUUAAAAAACAGAGCAGAUUUUACGGAAGCCAUUUUCUUAAUGGAAUUAAAUAAUAAAAAGGUAACUGUGACUUGUUCUCUCACAAUUCAGAAUUUUCUUAACAAUUCUUUAACAUUACUUUUUAUAAACUCACAGCUGGAAUCAGAAUCACAAGAUAUGAAAUCAGAGUUCUAAGAAAAAAACAAAACAGAAAGCGAGAGGGAAAAAGUUGCAAUUUUUAGUUUUUUUAUUCUGUGGUUGAAACAAAAAAAAAAUUCUGAGAUAAUUCAGAAAUGUGAGAUUUAAUCCCUGACUUCUGAGAAGAGUCAGCAUUGUAAGAUUUAAACUCGUCUUCUGAGAAAUGUUAGAAUUGUAAGAUAUAAACUCAGAAUUCUGAGAAAAGUCAGAAUUGUAAGAUUUAAACUCGGAAUUCUGAGAAAAGUCAGAACUGUAAGAUUUAAAAUCAGAAUUAUGAGAAAAGUCAGAACUGUAAGAUUUAAAAUCAGAAUUCUGAAAAAAGUCAGAUCUGUAAGAUUUAAACUCGGAAUUCUGAGAAAAGUCAGAAUUGUAAAAAUAUCAGAACUGCGAUAUAAGAAGUCACAAUUGCCUUUUUUAUUUUUUAUUUCUGUGUUGGAAACAGGCUACCAUAUAUUUUGGCUCAAGCUAUGUAUUAAUAAAUAAUAGUCAACUUUCUAUUCUAAAUAAUAGUUUUCUUUCUUAAAACACAAAUGCCAUUUUUUAAAUAGAUAUACAGACAUUUUUACAUUUUUUUUUUUUACCUGAAAACAUGUUGCAGUACGAAUGUUUUGCAAACUGCAUUUCAUGCUGACUUUACUAUGAACAACCUGAAGAAUAUUUGUAAGAACUGACCAGUCUUGUGGUUGUUUUAGUGUCCAGAUGUUUAUGUGCCCACAGAAGGAAAUGUUCAUCGUUUUCAAAUCAGUUAAAGCAACGCUGAGCGAUCCGGUAGGGGAUUUCUUUUCUGGUAAUUGGGGAAAAAUGCACACAAACAAAAGCCCCUGCUUUUAAUUCUCUGGAAAACCUUGGAACGUAAACAGACCGUGUGACGGGGGUUGCGUGUGUCCACUUGGCAUCUUCACUCACAUUCCGGGAUACAGCUGAGCUUAAAACGCACAGCAGAGUUCCUCACCAAAGCAAAGACGGGUUUCCAUGACUUAUCCAAAUAUUACAUUUGCUUAAUGAUCUUUUUGCAUUUUAUAGCAUCAGUUUCACAUCUGGAGAUGGAUUACACACAUUCCAUGAGAAAUAGAUGUUUUAAUGAGCUGAAAUAUCAAGAAACUAAGAACAACAACUGCUGGAAACACAAAAAUGUUUCUUGGGGAAGGGCAGACCUCACACGGAUGAUUUUGGACUCUUUUAGGACGUGUGAGGCAGUGUCCAGCACAUUGCUCUGUGUUUACUCACUGUAAGGAGGACAGUAGAAUUUAUAUAAUGUGUAGAUUUGACACUUUUUACACAUUCUGGUAUUCAACAGGGGAUCUGAAUAAAGAGAUCUCAAAAUGGA